AUUGCGCAGGGAGAUCCUAUGGUUAAUUAUCGUUAAGCGCACAGCAUUUGAAAAAUUGAUUUAUUUCGUAUUGUUUGGUAUGUGUUGUGACUUAUCAAGAAGGUUUUCAGCAUGUCUGUAACAUAUACUGAAAUACUUUUAACUAGUUGUAUAUUUAUCAUCCCUUUCUUAUACGAAUCAAGUCAUGUAUUCCGGUAUUACUUAAAGUUUUUCCUUUAUUAUGCCAUUGUGAUGACAAAUUCUGUAAUUCUUAUUCCUGCAUACUGUUUCAAGCCUGGAAAUGUAAGAAAUCUACUAGUUGCAAGUGAUUUCUGUGGUUGGAUAACUACUCUUUUGGGACUUAGAUGGAUUUUGAAAGGAAAAGAAAACUUGGAGAAGGAUCAAGCCUGUAUAAUUGUUGCCAAUCAUCAAAGUUCCUUAGAUAUUUUAGGUAUGUUCAAUUUUUGGCGAGUGAUGGACAAAUGUACAGUGAUUGCAAAAAAAGAACUUUUAUAUGCAGGUCCGUUCGGCCUUGCGGCGUAUCUCUGCGGCAUAAUAUUUAUACCGAGACUACAAGGAGCAAGAGCCAAAGUUAUCAUGAACGAGGCAGCUAAAAAAAUUAAGACUGAUAAGAUUAAGUUGUGGGUGUAUCCCGAAGGCACAAGAAGAAACGAUGGAAAAAUACAUCCAUUCAAAAAGGGCGCUUUUCAUAUGGCUGUAACAAAUAAACUACCAAUUGUACCAGUCGUAUUCUCCAGAUACUACUUUUUAGAUAGGAAUAUUAAAAGAUUCGAUCACGGCAAAGUAAUUGUAACGGCAUUACCUCCAAUCGACACAACUGACAUGAAGAUAGAGAAUGUCGAAGAAUUAAUGGAAAACGUCCGGAAUAUGAUGCAACUGACAUUUAAUGAAGCUAGCAAAGAAGUAAUGGACGGAUACAUCGCGGUUUCCAAUAAAAAAAUUACGUGAAAUUUUCCGCGCAAUUUUUCAUUUUUAUUAAUUAUGAGGUAACUGGAAUUUGUUAUAAAAAUAAAUCUACACAUCUUUCUGGUAUUAUGACGUUGGGUAGUUAGAUGUGAUAUUGUUUAAGGGACUAAGGUUUUUAAGUUUAUUUAUUCUGUAUCUUCACUCAAUUGAAAAAAAUCACUAUUUGCACAUUUCUAACACUAAAAGAAUAGUUGAAUUGCAAUUUUUAUUCAUUAUAAGUUGUUUAGGCAUUGUAAAAUUUUGUGAUUUUCAAAUUACGAAAAGAUUUUGAGAUUCAAAUUUGAGAAGAAAUUAUAAAUGUGAAUGCAACUUAUAAAUUUAGAAUGAUAAAAAGGGUGAGAGCACUAGAAAAAAAAAUUGUACAGAUCUACAUUAUCUUUAAUUUCAACUGAAAACACAUAUCUUUGCAUAUAAAAAAUUUUACUUGGUGACUAUAAUUUUUGAAUAUAUGAAAUAUUUGAUUUUAUUAAACAAAAAUUGAUCAAAAUAUUAUGCAAAAAUUAACAUUGAUAUAAAUACAAUUUAUAUAUGGUUAUUAAGGCGUAAAAAAGUUUCCGUAUAAGAUAUGUCCGAAUUUGAGUAGGAUGUGUAGGAAUGCUUCAACAUACUUAUAAAUAAAUUUGUCUUUUAACAUUAAAGAUUUAGCAAUUGCUAUCGAAAAUACGACUGGUGACAUCCCUAGAUUGAAAAAAUUUUAGGCUGGAAUAUUUGUGGUAUCUUAGAGAUUAAUUGAAAAUGAAUAUUUUCACUCUAUCUACAGAAUGAUAAAGCACGUUGAGAGAAUGUGUAGGAACUGAAGAAAGACACUAUACUUAGCUAUUUUGAUAGAGGACACAUUUUAUUGUGGGACCGUUGAGCACAUAGGCUAUCUAAUAGACCCGUUGUGCUCUUUGAAAAGCCAUCCAGGCAGAAUUUGAACCUUUUGACGUCAUUAAGCGAACACUUAUGAGCAGUUGUUGGUAAAAGAGGCAGAAGACCCAUCUAAGUGUGCCUUAGCUUGUCUCAUAUUAGGAAAUGUAAUAGCAAUACUUAUGGCAAAUAUUAGAGAGAUAUCUUUUGUUAUAUGGCAUGAUACCCUCCGCAGAGAAAUGGAAGGAAAUAACAUGUAGUUUCAACGAGUCCUGGAAUAUACUCAAUUGUACAGAAGCAAUUGAUGACAAACACAUAAGAAUACAGAAACCAGGAUUGACAAAAUAUAAUUCUAUAAUACUUCUGGUCACCUGCGAUACCAAUAGUAUAUUAUCCAUACUGGUUAUGGUGGUUAUGACAGUGGUUCCAGAUUAUUUCGAGCCUUGGUCUUAAGCUACUGGUAAUAAAUAAGCGGCCUUAUCGAUGAAACGAAACAGGGGAUAUCGUGGCAAAUACCGCAUUUCCACUGAGGUACAAUAUAAUACCACCUUAUUCGGUGGUGUAAUUAAAGAAGAAUAGAAGAAGAAAAACAAUUGAAUAAACUUUUGCUAUUAUGACGUAAAUAUUUCAAAAGUUCUCAACAUCAAUUCGAGGUUGAAUUAUAAAAUUAUAGUCAACAUAAUAAAAAAUAUGUGUUACAUAAUAUUUAUAUAAUAUAGGUGAUACACGCAGGCUUUUUAGGCCCAUAGCAUGGAAGUGAAUCCCUUCCACUCUUUCCUAUUUUUUGCUUUCGUUUUCCAGUCCUGAAUCCCUCUCUCUCUCAGGUCUUCCAUCACCACUACGUAAUCUAUUUACCUUGGUUUUCUUUUUAUCUCGUUCCUCCCUGUUUUAUGUCAUAUAUCAUUUGUUUGUUGCUCUAAUAUCUGAAAUUCUGUUUAACCUUGUGCAACUAACAGGUUUGAUUGUAACAUACAAGCUAACAUCAGUCUCAGAGACCGUUCUUAUUCAUUAUCAUUUUCUUUAUUCAUCAUACAUAAUUAUAUUAAACGGAAUCAAACAAAUUUUUAGAAAAUUACUAUUGUAGUAGAAUCCAAAAUAAGGAUUCCUUAAACGUCACUCUUACAUUGUAAAAGCACAAACUAGAACAAUCCUAAUUACUGACUUGAAAUUUUUAUGUUAAAAUUAGUCUACGAUUUCAAUACAGGUUAUGGGCCCAGAGUGUUUCUCUUUCCAAUAAAAGUUUUUUUUCCAUAUAUUGAAAGGUAAUAAAGUAUUUAUUUUCAAUACAAAAAUGCCGGAUGACAUGGAUACCUCUAUGACAUUGCCAAAUACAGUGUAUAUGGAUCCUGCUGGAGUUCCUGGCGUAGAGAAAUUGGAAGGCCAUAAAUAUUAUGAUAACUGGAAGUUUCAAAUGAAAAUGGUACUUAUCGAUUAUGGUUUAUGGAAGUGUGUUCAAGGCGAAGACAAUGACCGAGAUAAAGACCAAAGAGCAUUAGCCAAAAUAAGUCUAUCUGUAAAACCAGUAUGUGUUAGCCAUAUCCGUAGUGUUAAUUCCUCUAAGGAUGCAUGGAAUAACCUUGAAAAAGCUUUUCAAAGUGCUGGACUAAGUAGACAACUUUUUUUGAAACGAAAGUUAUAUAGAACCAGAUAUGAAGAUUUUCCUUCUAUGAACGAAUAUGUAAGUGGCAUGCUCUCACUUGUACAUCAACUAUCAGACAUCAAAGUUGCUAUUGAUGAUAGUGAAAUAGGAAUGUUACUCCUAAGUGGUUUACCUGACUCAUAUGAAUCAAUGCUGAGUGGUUAUGGUGCCACUCAUACCACAAUAACCUGUGUAUUGUAUUAUAAAGGUUGCCCUACCACGUGUAAUUUCUCUUAUAAUUUAAUUAAAUUUAAAUAAAGUACAUACAUAAAUAAAGUAUUUGGAUGUAAAUCACGACAACUAAAUUAUAUCACAAACUAUAAUUGACAUGUCGCUAAUAAACUUUGUAGUUGAUGCGACAAUAAAUUUAAAAAAAAAAAAAAGAAAAAAAA